AUGACAGUGGAACAAUUUGAACUUCUUCACAGCCUUUUGAAAAAUAAGUUGGAGAAAUCUUUUUUAACAAGGCCACCACUACCUUCAGAAUUAAGACUGGCAAUAGUACUACACUACUUAGCACAUGAAGACAGCAUUGACACGACGGCGAAGAUAUUUUUUGUAGGCAAAUCAACUGCAUAUGAAAUGAUCCGAGAUGUUUCUAAAAUUAUAUGGGAGGUUUUAAGCCCCAAAUUUUUGGGAAUUAAAAGUGUAGAAGAAUGGCAAGAGGUUGCAAAGGAGUAUCAAGAUACUUGGGAUUUUCCCAAUUGUCUUGGUGCUAUUGAUGGAAAACACGUACGCAUAGUAAAACCGCCACACUCUGGCUCUGCAUUUUAUAACUACAAAAAAUAUUGUAGUUUCGUGUUAAUGGCGGCAUGUGAUGCCAAAUACCGACUUACUUGGAUCGAUGUCGGGGAUUGUGGUGGAUUUAGUGAUUCGUGUGUUUUUGAAGCCACGGAUUUUGGAAAACUAUUAAAAUCAGGCGAAAUAAACAUUCCUGAACCUACUCCAUUGCCGAGAAGUAAUGUUGUACUGCCAUAUGCCUUUAUUGCUGACGAAGGAUUGACGUUGUCCAAUUUUUUAAUUAAUCCAUAUCCGCGACGAAAAGUGUCAAACAAUCUUAAGAAGGCUGUCUUCAAUUAUCGAGGAAAUUUUGCUCGAACGAUUGGCAAAGCAGAAAAUACCAACGGCGAGACACGACUGGCACAAUAUCGGCAAAAUGAGGUUAUCUCCUCAGAGAAUAUCGGCUUAGUCCAAAAUAUGAAGAAAAAGGGAAAACUAGAAAUUCACACAACAAUUCUCGUAAUUCACAAUUUAUUGUUUUUAACAAUUUUUGAGCUUCACGCUCCACCUCUUAACACUCUACACUCUUCGGCAACUCCGAAAACUCCAACAAAACGAACUCAAAAUCAACAAAAACGGGAAAUUAUUUUGUAA